AUGCCAUUACGAAAAUGGUGUUCAAACUCGCAGUCAGUACUCGAACAUAUCGACAACAAAAAUGAUGAUGAGUUAUUAGUGUUAGAUUUGGGUGAAAAUGACGUAAUUAAAUCGUUAGGCCUAUGUUGGAAGCCAGUGGUAGACGUCUUUCAGUUCAACGUAGCGAUUUCUGACAAGAACAGUGAAGCAACUAAGCGUAGUCUCCUAUCCGCUCUAAACAGUAUAUUUGACCCACUAGGAUUCCUUGCUCCAGUGUUGGUAAAAGGAAAAAUUUUUCUGCAGCAACUAUGGCUCGUUAAAGCAGAUUGGGAUAGUUCAUUGUCUGUUGAAAUAAAACAAAAAUGGUACAAUUACUGGUCAGACCUCGGUAUGCUUAAAACACUGGAAAUUCCAAGAAAGGCAGUCGCAUGUGCAGGAUUAAGGACCGAGUUUCACGGCUUUUGUGAUGCAUCAGAAAAUGCCUAUGGUGCAUGUAUUUAUGUACGGUGUAAACUGCCAAGCGGAGUAUGGCAAUCACGAUUAUUGUGCGCAUCUACUCGGGUCGCCCCUCUCAAGGGAGCUACAAUCCCUAGAUUAGAAUUGGGAGGAGCCCUAGUACUGGCUCAGUUAGCAAUGAAGGUAGCCAAGUCAUGGAAGGUUGACAUACAUAAAUUUUACCUGUGGACCGAUUCAACUAUAGUGUUGGGAUGGUUGAAUAGCCAAUCUAGUCGCUUGAAAACUUAUGUGUCAAACCGUGUUGCACAGAUUUUAGAUAUUACCAAUACUGAGCAAUGGUACUAUGUGAGGACUUAUGAUAAUCCAGCAGAUGUGUUAUCGAGGGGUGUGAAGGCGCAAGACUUGAAAGGCAUCGAGUUGUGGUGGAGUGGACCAAAAUGGCUAUCUCAUGAGCAAAAUGGUUGGCGAUUCGAACGAGUAUCACUGCCAACUGGAGAAGAAUUACCUGAGCAGAAAACCGUACGUUUCGUUCUUUUAACAGUGCCGUUACCAAUGCGACUUGUUGAUUCAUGCUCAAACUGGCAACGCCUACGUCGAGCAACUGCGUGGAUUCUGCGGUUCAUUGAAUUCAUAAAAACUAAACGCACCCCACAACUAGUACGCUCUCUGACAGUUAAAGAGUUAAUGGUUGCUGAACAGAGACUGAUAACUUAUGCUCAAAGGGAGGCCUUUCCGGAGGAGCAUGAAGCAUUAGCAAAAAAUAAGGACAUUCCUGGUCGAAGCAAGUUAAGGUCAUUGAACAUCGGUCUAAGGUAUGGCAUGAUAGUAGUGGGUGGUCGUCUUGACAAUGCCAAUCUUUCACAAGACCAAAGACAACCAAUAAUUCUUCCAUACAAUCACAGAAUUACACAGUUGAUAUUCUUAGAUUAUCACAUGAAAUUAUUGCAUUGUGGUCCUCAGUUAUUAUUAGCGGAAAUCAGGCAGAGGUAUUGGCCGCUGUCUGGUAGACUAUUAGCGCGCUCAACAGUUCGAAGGUGCGUGAAGUGUGUACGGAGCAAACCGACCUUUCAAAUUCCAAUAAUGGCGCCAUUACCAAAGGAAAGAGUACAAUGUUCACGUCCCUUCACGUACACGGGCGUGGAUUUUGCAGGACCGUUAAUCAUCCGAAGCGGAAUCAGGGGUCGAUCAGGAACAAAGGCGUGGGUAUCAAUAUUCGUGUGUUUUUCUACAAGAGCGGUUCAUAUAGAAGCAGUCGAGGACUUAACGAGCAAGGCUUUUAUAGCGGCCUUAAGACGAUUUGUUGCUAGACGAGGCAAACCCGCAGAACUGUGGAGCGAUAACGGAACAAACUUCGUUGGAGCGAACAAGGAGUUGACCAAAUAUACUCAACAUCUUGGCAGUCAGCUAGCAAAUGAAGGGAUCACCUGGCGCUUCAAUCCCCCAUCAGCCCCUCAUUUUGGAGGGCUGUGGGAAGCAGCAGUUAAGAGCGCUAAACACCACUUGGCUAGGACUACUGGAGAGGCAAAGCUAACUCUAAGUGAGCUCAGUACACUGCUAUGUCAAAUUGAAGCCUGCCUCAAUUCCCGACCAUUGACACCUAUGAGCAGCGAUCCUAACGACUUCACCUCACUUACCCCAGCGCACUUCUUACUCGGUGCACCUGUAACGUCGUUCCCAGAACCUGAUUUAAAUGGCGAAGAACCACAUGCAAUGCGACGUUGGAAAUUUGUACAACAUCUUCUUCAAACUUUCUGGAAGCGAUGGCACAUGGAGUACCUACCCCAACUACAGGUCCGUGGAAAGUGGACAUCAGGAAGCUCCAACCUAGCCAUAGACGAUUUAGUAAUUGUCAAAGAAGACAACCUACCGCCCUUUAAGUGGCACUUAGCACGCGUUAUAGAACUACAUCUAGGUUGUGACGGUAACGUAAGGGUUGUGUCCGUACGUAACUCUUCCGGUAAAACAAUGCGCCGUCCAGUCGCAAAACUUUGCAAGCUCCCAAUCGAUGCAGAGGAGGCUGUUGAAAAAUAG